AUGUCGAGCAGGGCCUCCUGUAGUAAAGCGGUAUACGUACUUCCGGUAUCUCCUCCGAUAUCGGAGGCCUGGUCGCGGACCGGCUGCUUGGACAACUCCCAACUCCCAUUGCAUUCCCGUCAAGAUACCAUACCAGGGGCCGCACAUACUCUAUGGAACCUCUCGCAGGCAAUAUACUUGGCUCAUUGGGGUAAUGAGAAACUGGCCCGUGAUACUGGGGCAUGGAGGACACUUCAUGCUCUGGGAAUUCCAACAGAGAAGCCAGUCACCAAGAAGGACUUCAACCUGAUGCUGGCUCAUGUUGAAAAAAUCCAUGAGGCAACACUUUUGUAUUGUGUCCUUUUAGUUGCAAACAGAGCUCAUGAGCCAUUGACGGAAACACUCCUCAAGGUCUCAAGUGAGAAUAUAGAUGAUUGGGUAGAGCUCACAUAUGAACGCUUUGCCACACGUGAGGCGCUGGAGUCAGAUUUGUCGGCAAACUACGCUGGGCACAAGAAUUUGCUACUUCGAAUCCGAGACUUUGCGACCAUUGUGGAGGCCAACCGUUCAAUGAAAGACGGUGAUUAUGGCAGGCUAAUGUUAAUGUGGCAAAGGUGGGCUGUGAUGAGCCAAGGAAUUGGGGGCAUGCCUCAUUACUCCAAACACCUCCCAAAACUCAUCAUCCUCUUGCAGUAUAUCUUACCCAAAUCUUUAUCAGAAUUGGUCAUGAAUACACUUCUCUUGUCCCCAACCGGCAAGGCGGGCCACUUUGUUGCAACAGACUUCUAUCUUGAGGUUCAAAACUAUUGGCUGAAGUACUUCUUCAACCACUCAGGUAUUGGCACUGACAUAGACCGUCUCAAAGAUAUAUUUUCAAGUAACAUCAACCUGGUAAGCAAAUGA